AAAUUUCUCUCCCACUGAGAACGACGGCGAAGGAGAGCAACCUGUGGUCUACCUGUAUUUAUCUGUAUCUAUCGUUGACACGGUACAAAUAAAUAUUAUAUGUAAAUGAGAUGUGCACAAACUGGCAGCCAUAACUCUUUUUCUUCUUCUUCUUCCUUAAAGCUCUCUCUCUCCAAAUUCUACACUUUAUCUCUCUUUAAAUCUUUGCCCUUUUGAGUGACUGAUUUUUCUUGAUUUGGUUUCAUCAAAUCCAAGCUUUGUCGACAAUGGAGACUGUGUGUUGUAUGUGCGGCGAUGUUGGCUUCUCCGACAAACUCUUCCGCUGCAGCAAGUGUCGCCACCGCUUCCAACACCUGUAUUGCAGCAAUUACUACAGUGAAUUGUCAGAGCCUAUUCAAGUAUGUGAUUGGUGUCAAAGUGAGGGAAAAAAUUCAAAACAUGGCGGUUCUUCAUCAAGAAAAUCCAUGCAGGUUAACAAUGAUUCGACAACAGCUAAUUAUUCAGGUAACAAAAUGAAAAAACAUGAUCGUGAAGAGGGUUCAGAAAAAGCUGGAAAAAACCCGAGCGGGACGCCUUCUCCCCGGCCUACUACACGGAGGUACAAGCUUCUCAAGGAUGUAAUGUGCUGAACGAACUAAUGAUAUGAAAAGAUCAGCUAGCUGGUUUCAAACUCAAAAGUCCUAUUUUUUCUACUAGUAGUUUGAUUAAAGUUGUUUUCGAGUGAUCGUUGAAGUGUUUGUAGUCCAUAGUAUACUGUCAUCUUAAGUCGUUUUUCAUGUGGUAUAGUUUUAUGGUCUGUGUUUCCUAGUCACAAGUUGUUACCAAUAAUGAAAUUUUUAUAAAAUAAUUGUUCGAAUUUGCUAAAGUUAUU